GUCGCUUGUGUUACACCUCCUGAGUGCCCCGGGGUACGGCACGGCUGGCCGGGCCAGCCCGGCUGCGAGGGGCUUCGUGCGCCCCGUUGUAAUCCAGAAUAUUCCAGAGCCGUCAUUUCUGUCCCUCAGAUAACUCUGCCUGCAGUGACAUUUAGAGGCUGGGUGGGAGCAAGCGCCGGGAAGCUCAGCACGGCUGAGGCGACAGCAGAAUCCUUCAGCCAAAUGAUGUUGUUUUAAUGCUCUCUCCCUUGCACACAGAUAUUUACCCACUUUUUAAAAUAAUCUAAGAAACUGGAUUCUUCUCCAAUCUUCACGAAGUUGCAGUAAAAAACUUGAUGUCAUUUGAGCAGGACAAUUAAACCCCCGAGGAAAUAUUAGACAGGCCACAUAGAUAGGAUUACUUGCUGCAAAAAGAAGUAUCACUGCACUACAAUAUAACGAAGCCGUUCCUUGCAACAAUUUCAGGAUGUUGUUGCACCAAAAUGUAUUUUUCGCCUUGAUUUUUAACCAUACAGAUUAAUUGCUGGACCUUCGAAAUACAAAGAGAAGUAUUUUGAAAUGCCUGGUAUUCAACUGUGAAUUUUGGAACAUGGUGAAAAAUGGGACAUAUGUUUGACUACUGCAGAGAGAGCUUGAAGAUGAUCCCUUGAAAGCACUAGGAUGCCUGGCUGCUUUAAAAAGACAAUAUUUGCCUUGGCUUCUCUAAUAAGUUUUGUGUCUUUUAUCUUGAUUGUUGUUGCAAUGGGGACCCCAAAGUGGAUGACUGGAAAGAUCCUUUGCAAAACAGGGGCUGAUUUGGUCAAUGCCACAGACCCAGAGCUGGUUAAGUUCAUUGGAGAAAUUUACUACGGACUCUUUCGGGGCGGCAAAAUACGCCAGUGUGGCUUGGGCGGACGGCGUUCCAAAUUCACACUUUUCCCACACAUGGUGAAAAAGUUGAAUACAGGUCUGCAUGUGAUGAUCAUAAUAUUCCUCUGUGUGGCCAUUUUCUUUUCUCUGGUCAGUUUUGGAUUCUGCAUUCUUAACGCAAUAAAAGUUCCUUAUCGGGCUAUUAACGGUCCAGCAGGAGCAUGCCUUUGGAACUUCCUUGCAGGUGGAUUUGUAGUACUUGCAGUCACCAGCUUCAUGGCUGCUGUGAAACUUCAUCACCUCACAGAAAGAAUUGCCAAUUUUCGAGAAAAUGUCUUUCGGUUCAUUAUCUUAGAAGAACGCUUUGAAGACUGUUUUUGGAUUUGUGUGGCAAGUGCCACAGCACAUGCAGUAAAUUUGCUACUAAUAGCCACUAGUGAGAUUCAUUUCCCUAAAAUUAAGACUAAAACAGAAGAAGUGAAUGUUACAGCAGAAGAUAUCAUGUACUAAUAA